CCCAACAUUGCGAUCCUAUUGCUUAAUUUUUGUCUGUCAGUUAUUGUCAUGUGAAAACAAUGCAAGUAUUGGCAUACUAACCGGAAAGUUAAAAGAUUUCAGUGAUACUUUAAACUAAAUUUAUUUCAGACAAGCUGCUUUACUCCCCUACCGCAAAAUGAGCUUUUUCUCAAAGAAACCGACUUUAGAAGAGCAAAUGAGGGAACAAAAUCGGAAUCUGCGCCGUGCACAGCGCGAUGUGGAAAAGGAUAGACGAGCUUUGGAAAGACAAGAAAAGCAAUUGGAAAUGGAAAUUAAAAAAGCUGCUAAACAAGGGAAUAAGCAAGUUUUGACAGUUUUGGCUAAAAAUUUAGUCACUGUAAGGAAACAAAAGGCUCGGACAUAUACUGCUGCGUCAAAAAUCACAUCUGUAGGAAACCAAACAAAGGCUAUGCACUCUAGUGCUAAACUUGCAAAUACAAUGGCAAAUACAACAAAGACCAUGGUUUCUGCAAACAAGGAUCUAAAUCCUCAAGGAAUAGCAAGAACUAUGCAUGAAUUUGAAAAAGAAUCUAUGAAAAUGGGCAUGGCAGAAGAAAUAGUGGAUGAUACCUUAAAUUCAGUAUUGACAGAAUCAGGUGAUGAAGAGGAAGAAGAUGCAGUGGUGAACCAAGUACUAGAUGAAAUUGGUAUUGAAAUUUCUGGAAAGAUGUCUAAAGCACCAUUGGUUAGUAGAGAUGCCAUUGGUGAAACCAGUAAAGUUGCUACUGAUGAUGAAUUGGAAAGGCAGCUGGCUCAGCUUAGAACAUAGUACAGGGUAUUUAUCAGAGGUGAAGCUCUAAUCAAUAUGCUGCUACAAGUUUCCAGAUUCUUAUAUAUUAAUCAAAAGUCCAUUUUUUCCCUGUGCCUUUGAGACAGAAUUCUGAAAGCAACAUAAAGGGAUUUGGAUGAAAGGACCAUUAAAAUUAAGAGGCAUCUUAAUGAUUGUAUUGCAUCUGUUUGAAAUAAUAAUUGCAGCUGUAAGAAUGAAAUAUAAUAUAUUCAAUUAAAAAAUAUAUAUUAUUCUUUGUA